GCUCAGCUCAUCUCAUCUCAUCUCAUCUCACUCGCCUCAAGAGGUCAUUCUACCUACAGUUUGCCACUUGUUGCCGAAAGCUUCUCGUCCUGCCGACUCAAAUCCGAUAUACUGUAUGUAUAUAUAGUACGAGAGUUCUUCCCCCCCUCCACACACACGCACACACACGCACACUCUCUCGCACACAACAGAUUUCCUCGCGAUCGCAGCAGCUCAAUGUUGGAGCAGGACUACCACAGAGACGUCUGACCUGCAGCCGAAGAGGGACAGUUUCGAGCCAGUUCGUUGCCUUUGACGGGACGGGGGAAAGAAGCAUGGUUGACAACACGAGCAUAGCAACUAAAUCUGCCUUGCAAGCCGCGUUUACGUCUGCAAGCCCGCUGCCGCUGCUUGUGCCCGGUGCACACGGCCACCUCUCGGGCGCGCACUCGCAUCAGCCCCCCGGCGGCGGCGGCGGCGGCGCCGGGAUGAAGCUCGAGGCUGUCAUGGAGAACCUGCAGCGACAGCAGGCCGCGCGCUUGGCGCUCGAGGAGAAGCUGCGCAGCCAAGCCGAGAAGGACAAGGACCUCAGGGCUGUUUUGCAGCAGCAGCAGCACGAGCUCGCCUUCCGUCACUACCAGGCGUCGGUGCGCGGAGCCCUGGAGGCGCACAGGAUGGCGGUGGUUCAGCCGCGCGCCACAGAGGACUCGGACGCGGACGACGAGCGCACCGCGCUGGACGACGACGAAGACGAGAGGGACAUGGAGGAGGAGGAGGAGGAAGACGACAGCGCGAACGACGACGGCGACGUCUUCGAAGGACCGCUGGCGCACUUCGCGCCUCGCCACGCCGCGCGCUCCGGGGACGCCGAGUCGCCGAAAAGCGCGCAUGCGCUCUCCAGAGUUCAGCCCCCGUACACGGUGGCCCGGGAACCCGAGUCUCCGAAUGCUCAGCCCCAGCAUCACGAGUGGACAUACGAGGAGCAGUUUAAACAGUCAGGAAAAGACAGCCAACCUGGGAGCGAUGCGGGUAAUUCAAGCGUUCCUUUCCGUGGUGGUGGUGGUGGUGGUGUUGGUGGUGGCUCCUCGUCUCUGAUUCAGGAGUUGUAUGAGCUUGACGAUGAUGUGAAAAGAAAAGAAUUUCUCGAUGACCUCUUCAGUUUCAUGCAAAAAAGAGGGACUCCAGUGAAUCGGAUUCCUAUCAUGGCCAAGCAGGUGUUGGAUCUCUACACUCUCUACAAGCUUGUCACCGAAAAAGGUGGCUUAGUGGAAGUCAUCAAUAAGAAAAUAUGGCGUGAGAUUACCAGAGGUCUGAACCUCCCUACCUCGAUUACCAGUGCAGCUUUCACUCUCCGGACCCAGUAUAUGAAGUACCUCUAUCCAUAUGAAUGUGAAAAGCGGGGGUUGAGCUCACCGGGAGAGCUGCAGGCAGCCAUCGACAGCAACCGGCGCGAAGGCCGCAGACAGAGUUACGGCUCGGCCCUUUUCAACUACUCGCCUGUGGGCACCCCCACCCUUCUGCCCUCACCCAAACUCCCUAUCUCCCACAUCAGCAUAGGAACACACAACGGGGGCCAAAUCGCCCACACGCCCGUCAUCAAGAAAGAAGACUCCAUACUCUCCAGUUGCCUGACUAACCGAGUAGGCAUCCCCAUGGCACUUGGCGGGCACCAUGCCACAGCUGCUGCCGCACAGGCCGCACAAGCUGCCCAUGCCGCCCAGGCUGCAGCCGUCGUCCAGGCGGCCGCCUUGGAGCAGUUAAGAGAGAAGUUAGAGGCUGGAGAACCCCCAGAAAAGAAGGUGAUGCUGAUGGCUGAGGAGCAACAGAGGAUCAUGCAGCACGCGCUUCAACAUAACCUCUUCGCCAUGGCCAGCCAGCUGCCGAUGAAUAUCAAGCUCAACAACAUGGGUAUGUGUGCAUAUGACAGACAAGAGACUGCAUUGAACCUGUCUACCAACGGCAUUAGCAGCAUCAACAUGUCAAUAGAAAUAAAUGGAGUUGUCUACACAGGGAUCCUGUUUGCUCGUAAGCCGGCCAUCUCUGUUAUGCCAGCUAGCCAGCGAGGUCCUCUUCAUGCCAGCUCUCAGGGAAAGAGCAGCAACAGCCCCGGUCUCAUCAAUCACAGCAAGCCGUCCUCAUCCUCAUCCUCCUCUUCCUCCUCCUCCUCGCACGGACCGGCUGCCUCGCCUUAAACCACCAUCACCUACCACCCUACCACCCCCUUCCUUUUUCCCAAAAGACGCAAGGCAGGCUGCUAAACUCCCCAGACUCUAUGUUCUUUUUGUAUCCUCUGAUGGUGAUUUCCAACUCUUUUCUUUUUUACACAUCCUCCCCAGAUCCGCGCAUCUCCUGAACAGUACUUCUUUUGCGAAAACCAUGACGUGUCAUCCUGGCAGCAUUCACGAAGCAUGUUCGGUAUACAUAUUUAUGGUGUAGGCUUUGAGGACUCGCUUCUGAGUAACAUUUCUUUAAAAGGCUCACCAGGAAACAGUGCCAAGAAGAAAAGAACGUGUAAGAUAACAGAAAGGACGAGGGACAUGUCGUUCCGUGGACAGAACGAUUGAACGAAGAUUUAUCUGCUGGUAAACUGGAAAAAUACACCUUGUCCUUUUUUUUUUUUAAUCCUUCUUUAUCUUUCCAUGUGAAUCAGACUAGCUUUAAUACCAAAAUACCAAAGAGCAUAUGAAUAACGUUGCGAUAUCGUGUGCACACAUACUCUCCUGGUGUCAUCUCGUUUAGAUGAUGCCUGUGCAGAAAAAAAAUAUGCAAUGGUAAGAAUGAUCGAACUAAAGUACAAAUGAAUAUAAUCAGUGGUAGACCAAGCACAUUCCGCUUAACUGGGCGAAUCAAAUAGUCAGGGACGAUCGACAUGUACUUUAUUUGUCAUAUUUGAGCUUUCUUUUUUUGCCGUUAAAAAAAAAAAAGAAAUAGAUUAGACAUGAACAAACAUGAAAAUUCCCUUGGAUGCCACAUAAUCCACUAAUAUUGGGACAAUCAUAAGAGUCAGUUCUAUCUAAAACAGAUAUACGUUGGUAUUUAGUGAUAUUCUGUUACCUCAGUCUUUCACACCUCCUCUGCCUCAGUUUAAUUCCAAGGUUUAUAAGUGUUCAUUCAAUUUGAUAUCGUUAUAAAAAUGGUCAUUCUUGUCAACGUAGGUUUCUCAUAGCUGCAUUAGUCAUCAUGUCGUACGUGUCACGGUUGUGUAGUUAGGAAUUAAUGAUGAAAAAUGGCUGAGCACUUCAAUGCAACUUCCUGAUAUGAGGAAACCGUAUACAUUUAUGGGGAUAAAAAAUUUUAAAAAACACCCCAAAACAGUAGUUGAUAAGAAUAUAUCUUUUAUUGUGAGUCAAGUCUGAUUUCUGAUUUCUUGUUACCUUUGCUUUUUCUCCAUUUUUAUUUUUGUCUUUAAGGAGAAUUUAAGGAUUUGUUGUUGUUGUUGUUAUCCUUUUUUUCAGAAGUUUGUAAAGCAUAUAAGUUCAAAUUCUAUUUAUUAUUAUAAUAAUUUUCAUUUUUACUGUUUUUUUUUUCCAAUCCUGAGUUGCAUCGUUGCAGCAGCUCCAUGGAUCAAUUUUUCUUUUUUAAAAAAAAAAAAAUAUUUUAAAAGCAGCCAGAUACCUCACAAUUGUACCUGUACAUACGUGUAAUAGAUGAUGAAUUACAAGGUAUACCUCAUUUUAUUUCAUUUCUAUUUCUUGUGAAGCCACUUGAAAAUCAAAGUUUUUGUUUCAACAAAUCACUGGACUUUCUUUUAUUUUUUUUUCUUCUUAUUUUGUAUUAUUAUAAUACCAAAGAAGGGAAGUAUAUUACUACGCAUCUACCUCAUUUGUUGAAGACUGUGCCAACAAACAUGACCACAAUCGCCCGUUUUUAAGUUUAACGUUUAGGGUUCAAGCAUCAAACACGACACAUAUAGAAAUAUAGGUCUGCGGACGACACGGAGCUUUGAAACGGUGUAAUUUGCAUUGCCUGUAAAAUUUUUGACUGUGGCAUUUUGAGGUGUGGGGGAAAAAUAAAAGAAAUGCCAGAAGGAUUUUAUUAUAUUUACAUGAUCUAUUCUGAGCUAUUUAAUAGUCAUGGAUUUGUAAGUGAUAUCAAUGAUCCGAAUCAUUGGUGUACCACAAAAAAUUUUAUUCUGCGCCAAAAUGCUGUCUGUGCAGCUUCAUAGGAAAAGCUACAACCAAUAACAACCAGUUCUUUUUUAUAAUUUUUUUAUCGUUCGUAUAUGCACAGUGGUUUUUAGCCAAUUGUUUAAUUCCAGUGUUUACUUGAAUUACUAAUUUGCAUACACAGGAUUACAUAAACUUAAAUCAUGACCAGAGGUGUGGUUUCCGAUUGCGGAUACCCUGAUCACAAAAUUAAAAUUAUUCACCGUGUUAAGAUGGUCACGGUUAAGCCCUAAAUGCUGGGACAACAAAAAAAGACAUAUAUGAACGUCAUAUGAAAUUAAACAACAUUGGCCUUGAUUAUAAUCAUUAUAUUUCCAACAUACGUUUCAUUAGAUUUGCAACAUUUUUUUUUGCAAAUCCAAAAAGCUUGUUUUUCUUCUUAGAAAGACUUUUUGAAUUUGAGAUCUGCAGCUGCAGAAGUGCUCUAUAAAUAUAAAAAAAAAUAUUCAAGGCUGAAUAUUUAAAUUACAUUAAUUGAUAUUAAAUAUAUGUAUAAUUUUUUACAUCGAUUCUCACAUCUGAAAUUAAUUGAAUCUACAUUUUGCAGUAAAAAUAGCUCAGAUUAUAUAUUUAAACAUGAUUAGAUAAUCAGUUCAGGCCUUGGUUAACAAAUGAUAGCCGUAAGAAUGUAAAAACGUGUCCUGAAUUUGGCACAACAUCACAUGAGAUCACAACCAUAUUUUUAAAAAAUCACUGUAUAGAAACAAAAACUGAAGGGAAUAUGUGGAACUCUGAACAGGGCACAGUCGACACACAGCUGUCACAAUGUGAUGUCGCUCUAACAGACUUUCCCUAUCUUUUUUUUUACAUUUUUUUUUAUUCCUUAUCAAUGGCACAGUUUAAAUCUUUUCACAUAGCUGCCACUUCACAUCUCAUCUCUAACCUGCAGAGAUGUCUGUGCAACUCAGUUUCUCAGUAUUCGUUGACUGUGAAAUGAGAACAUGAGUCGGUGUGAUUCUUGUAAAAACCAAAGCUUUUUGCUAAAGAAACUGUUCACCAUCAGAAAGCUUGUUAACAAAGAUGAAAUCAUUUUGUUGAAUGUUUAAAAGAAAAGAAGAAAAAAGAGAAAAAGAUUCACUCAUGUGCUUACAAAACUAUGUUUACUUUGUUAAAUAUGUACACAAUGCUAUGACGGUAGAUUUUAGAUUUUUUUUUUUUUCGCUGUGUAUGAAGCUUCAAAACAUUUCUUUUAUUCCUCUUUUUAUUUUGUUUGGAUAAUCCAGUGCAUUAUGGGAAAGCUGGAUUGUGGUGCUCAGGGGUUAAAAAAAGUACAAAAAAAAACAGGUGAAAGAUUUUGUUUGUUUGUUUUGCCAUUAACUUGUAGCAUAAUUAGAAAUAAAGUACUACUUUCAA